UGGUAAACAGACGCCACGGCAAAGUCACUCCGCUCAUCCCACGAGGGGAUGGGGCAGGCAACAACUCAUAAAAUUAAGCGAUUUGGAUGUGAGUUAGUCUAACUGCGAGGAUCGCCGCGUUAACAGCUCGCUCGUUGUCUCCCUCACACCCACGCGCGUCCGUAUUCUCGUAUACACCCACACAAACGACCAAACGCUUGGUUCGUUCAGUACCACGGCAGAGUCGGCCCGUUCCGCGCAGACUUGACAUCAUUAAAGUGACUCUAUUAUUCCGUUCCCGCCGAAAUGCGUUGACAUUAGAAUUCGGAAGUGUGAACAUUCUUUGUUCAAAAUUUGUUUUUUUUUUUCUUAUAAUUUGUGCUAGUGUUGUAAACAUUGGAUGUGGAUGCAUUGAAACAUCAAACAGCAUCAAACGCCGCACAGCCAUUAAACCGAUUCGAUCAUAAAAACAAACAUGAAACACUAUUUCCGGACCUGAACAGAAAGGGACACACAUGAGCGAAGACACCGAGAAAGAAAGAGACAUGCAAACCGUCGCCUACAACACACCCAACAUUAUAGAGCAAGCCGACAGCAGACUCAUAGAAGCUCACAAUUUCUGCGAUGCAGAUUAUCUAGAUAGCGAAAGAAUUGAAGUAGAUGAUGAUAAAGAACUAGUUAUAGCUGAUGAAUCUCGGGAAGACCAAAUAGAUGAUAAUAAUCAGAACAUAGAUGUAGGAACAGAAGAGAAAGUACAAGAUUUCGAGCUAUCAUGGCAUCCGCACGUGUACGGGAAACCGCCAAAAAAGCCUACACCGCAUUCAAUAGAAUAUAUAUUAGGGUUAAACCAGAAGUCAACCGUGAGUCAGUUGAUGAGUGUGAAGAGGUUCGAGGUGAAGAAACACUUGUACAAGAGUGCUCAGGUGCAAACGGAGCGAGUGAUGAGUGUGCACAAGAACAAGCUUCAGGAGCAGCUGCUGCAGAGAGUGAGAAAUAGUGAGUGUGAGUUCGUGAAGGAGGAACCACUGAACCUCUCCGUGCCCAAGAGAGACUGGGAAGAAGAAAAAAAAGAUUCCUCUAAGCUUAUCAAGCGUAAAAAAUCAACGGAAGAUGUUCGUUCCCCCCUGGGAGGUGAGGGCUCGCUAACCAGCGAGGAGGGCGAGGACGGCGGCGCGCGCCGCAAGAAGGCCCGGACCACCUUCACCGGGAGGCAGAUCUUUGAGCUGGAGAAGCUGUUCGAGGUCAAGAAGUACCUGUCUUCUGGAGAGAGGGCUGACAUGGCGAAGCUGCUUAACGUUACCGAGACUCAGGUAAAAAUAUGGUUCCAGAACAGAAGAACGAAAUGGAAGAAAAAAGACAAUAUAACGAACGCAGAAGUAGCAGAAUUCAAACAGCAGAACAAGCCCGAAGAAAAAAAAGAAGACUUAAAAGAACUAAAAGAAGACCCUUUAGCUAUAGACAUGUCCAAAAAGAACUGCAAUAAGAUACUCACGGAAAAAUUAAGGGGUACUAAGCCAGUCACCCAAAGUGUUGUGCCAAAACCGAGGAAAGUUGAAAAAGGUGUAAUAUUAGAAAGCAUUUGUGAUGCUAAUGACAUAGAAAGUAGGAUAUCUAUCACUAAGAUUACCAAUAAGUUGUCAAGUACGGAUAUUUCCGAGAUAGGAAAGGUCUCAGUUAAGAGUUUUAACCCUGAGGAAGUAAAAGAAAUUAAAUUUGAUAGUAGAGACGUAGAAAUGUGAAAUUUUUAAUACUGUCAAAUUAUUUUCGAAUUUUGAGGUGCUAAUCAUAGAAAAUCGCAUUGAAAAAAAUACUGGAAAAAUAAUCGCUAGCUAUGGCAUCUCAUU